AUGGCUACAGCGCGUGAUUCAAGCAAGGUCACAAGCAACAGCAGCGGUCAAGAAACAGCUGCGACUCAAACGAACAGAUAUACUCAAAUACACAGUGUUCUCUCCGGACUUGGUUUAAAUCCGAGUGACUACACAUUUAGUCCACCGCCAGAAAAUAGUAGUCCACAAAACUCGCCACCUGGGUAUAUUUCAGCUUUCUCCGCCUAUCCACCACAGGAAGGAUCCGAUCGCAAAGAGCUAUUGCAACCACGAUCGAAUUCAAUCUUCACAUCAGCUCGACCACUUUCCUACGUUGAGCAACCUCCAGCACCACCACCACGACCGCCAACGCAAUCCGGCGCUUCAAUCCUAGGAUCACUCUUCAACCCAUCCUCAUCGAACGCUCAAAAUACAACCUCGGCAUCAACACAGCCAAAUACAUCAUUUCCAGUUAAUCCACCCCUACCAAACACUCAGAAUACAAAUUUACCACCGCCACAAGCAAACACAUCAGUUAUAGCAUCUCUCUUCAAUCCACCUUCGUCGAAUACUCAGAACGCAGCUUCAUCAUUACCACCACCACCUCCACCAGUAAAUACAUCAUAUCCUUUCAAUUCAUCUUCUUUUGAUUCACGUCAUACAAGUUCACUACCGAUAAACAACAUGACUGACUGUUACUCACCAUGCACACCUCCACUACCAUCUCGUUGCAUCGAAUCAUCGGGGUCGGCUGAACAUUACCUACGUCAAAUCAAUUCAUGUGAAAAUCCACCGAUCAAAGUAGUCAAACCAAAUUCACAGAAUGUGUGCUAUAAGAAGGAGAUUCGUGUUCGUUAUUUACAACCACCCACUCCACCGCCACCGGCGCCUAUCAUUAUUCGCGAAAAGCGUAUUCCACCACCACCGCCUCAAUCACCCUUACUUAUCCGUGAGCGAAAACCUGACGCUCGUACACCACCACCAUUAACCAUCCGUGAACGUCCUCCAUCGCUACCUCCAAAACUUCAACCUCACAUCAUCGAAAAAUGUCUUCCUCCUCCUCCCCCUCAACCACGGCAGAUUAUCGUUGAGCGUUUACCAACUCCACCACCGAAACCACGUACAGUUAUUUUCGAAAAAUGGCUACCCUACAAAAAGGUGAAACGUCCAGUUUUACUGCAAAAAGCUCCACCACCCGAACCAAUCAAACCAGUCCGCAAUGUAGUGAUCGAAUAUGAACCAUUGAAAGCACAUACUGUUCGUCGUGUCAUCGAAGAAGGUGUGUUUCGCGUCGAUCCAUGUGAAUAUAUGAGACACGGUGCUCAAUCGAACUGUGGCGAUGUACGUUUCGUUGAACGUAUCGAAGAUCUGCCACCGCCAAGUGAUCAAUUGAGAACUGUAUUAAAGGAUUACAGCUGUUGUGAUCAUGAAUAUUCAUCAUAUACAAGCCGCUAUAAUUGCAAUCCUUACCAUGAUCUUACCGAUCAUGUUCCAUCAUCGAUUCAACAUCUGUUGCAAGAUGCUCGACCGGCAUCCAUUGUCGAUCAAUUAACGAAUGUUUCUCGUUCGUCAAGUACAGCAGCACAGCGACCAGAUCGAGUUCUUUCUACAGGCUCUAAUUCAUCGAAUACAAGUCCAGUUCAAUUAUAUCUUCAACGUUCACAUUCGAAAACUUCUCAGCGUCCAUUAUCAAUAAAUCGCUUAUCACAUCAUAGCCCAAAUGCAUCCCACGGAGACGAUAUUUACUGA